AUGUCCUCAGAUGUCGUAACGAACCCGUACGCGCCCUUCUACGCGCCCUUCUUUGGGUUUGCAGGGUGCGCCCUAGCAAUGGUCCUGUCCUGUCUAGGUGCAGGCAUAGGAACAGCCAAGUCCGGGAUCGGUAUCUCCGGUAUCGGUACUUUCAAACCAGAAUUGAUCAUGAAGUCCCUCAUCCCGGUAGUCAUGAGCGGGAUCCUCGCCAUCUACGGGCUUGUCGUUGCCGUUUUGAUCGCUGGGAAUAUUAACCCUGCGGACGAGUACACACUGUUCAACGGGUUCAUGCACCUCAGUUGCGGGCUCUGCGUUGGGUUCGCUUGUCUCAGCAGCGGCUACGCCAUCGGGAUCGUCGGAGACGUAGGGGUGAGGAAGUACAUGCACCAACCUCGUCUCUUCGUCGGUAUCGUGCUGAUUCUCAUCUUUUCAGAAGUUCUAGGUCUGUACGGUAUGAUUGUAGCACUGAUACUCAACACGAGAGGGUCAGAGUGA